AUGGAAGGAUCAGAUUUCAAUAGCUUGCCAGAGAAUUGCAUAAGUGACAUCCUAUCAUUCACAACUCCCGGUGACGCAUGUCGGUCAUCGGCCGUUUCUCAUGAAUUCAAAUCAGUGAUCAACUCUGAUAUCUUGUGGGAGAGAUUUCUGCCACUAGAUUAUGAGAAAAUCAUCUCCGAAUCAGUUUCUCCCAUUGAUUAUGAGAUCAUACCCACAAAGAAAGAUCUCUAUUUCAGUUUGUGCAACGGGAUACUCACUGGUGGUGGUUGUCAGGUUUCCAGAGGUAGCAGUACUCCAAGAUGUUUGCUGGUUGGAAAUCUUGGGGUCAAUCAAUUGCCGAUUGUAUCUGAAAAAACAAAUGUUGGUCAUCUCAUCAUUCAAUUUGGUGAAAAUGCACAAAAGUUGGAUGCCCAACCUGCCGAAUUGAUGGUUGCAAUUAAGAAUGAGAUCUCUAUAGGAAAAGGCUAUUUACGUCCACGAGACAAUGAAGAAGAAGUUACAAAUGAUUAUAGAGUAGCACAUGUUAGAGCUGAUGGGUGGUUUGAAAUUGAGUUAGGGGACUUCUAUGUUAAUGCAGAAGAUGAUGGAGAUGUGAUCUUGAAAUUCCUCACUUGGAGUGAUUAUGAUUGGAAACGUGGUCUUAUUGUUUAA